GUUCAUUUCGGUAACGGUAAGGGAAGUGCUCAAACAUGCCAAGUUAUGUAGGUACGUAUGUAAGUGCCCAGCGUACGGAGUACAUGCAUAGUACUAUGAUAAUAGUAGUAUGUAGGUCCGGCACAUAUAGUCAUAUCCAAGCUUCAUAUAUUCUCUCCACAUCAGCCUUAAAAGUAUGGACCUCCACGAUAACCGGGACUCCGAGUACGAGGAACCCCCUACCCUGUCCGAAUACGAAUUACGAAAGAUGAAUCGGAUAGAAUAGAAUUGCAUAAUUCUUGGUGGCUUCGCACUUUAACCCACCUGCAUAACUACUAAAUCUACUAUACUACCCAUACUACUCUCAAAGUAAUAGGUGGUCCCCUAAUAAGGAUGGAUCCCCGGAUGCUAUGAAAGAUUAGAUUAACAAUAUGUACAGCCCCCUAUUGGUUUAUAUUUCCAUGGGUAGCAUCUUAUAAAUGGUCGUAGCCCUCUACAUACAUUUCACGUUAUCAUAUCACAUCACAUCACAGCAUCUCUCGAUUCUGAGCUGCCCCAAACCACAUCAAACAUUAUCUGAGUCUCCCAGGUUUUCACCAUGGCGGGCUUCUUGCAUCAAGUCGUUGAAAAAUUCAGCGGACAUGAUGCUUUGCACAUAGUCUUGUUCUUUGCCCUACUCAGCGUCGUCCAUCAACUUGGGCGCGCCAUCUAUAACCUCUAUUUCCACCCUCUCAGCCAUAUUCCAGGCCCGCCCCUAUGGAUCGCGUUUCCUAUUACGAGGACGAUCAGUAUGGUACGGGGAACGGGAGAGUACAGCAUUCGCGAUGCACAUGAGAAGUAUGGAGAGGUUAUCCGAAUCACCGCCAGUCAGGUCUCAUUCAUCAACCCCCAAGCCUGGAAGGAUAUCUACGGUCACGGUCACGCCGAAUUCCCCAAAUUCUACCCCAAGGGCAUUCACAUGGACCCAAAGAGGAUCACCUCAUCCAAUGCGCAAGACCAUUUUCGAUAUAGGAGAGCGAUGUUGCCUGCCUUCUCUGAUAAGGCUUUGCUACAGCAGGAGCCUCUGAUGAAAGUCUACGUCGACCUGUUGGUCGAGAAGCUGCACGAAGUGGCCAAGACGGGCAAGCCGACUGACAUGGUGAAAUGGUACAACUUCACGACUUUUGACUUGAUCGCGGAUCUUGCGUAUGGAACGCCUCUGGAAGGCCUGGCCAAGGGAAAGUCCAACGCUUGGCUCGAUAACAUUUCUAACUUGAUGAAGUACAUGCCUAUCAUGGUGUUGAUUGGCGUGUCACCUAUCAUUGGCUAUAUCUUCAAGCUCGUCGCUGGUUCCAAGCUACGCGACUCGCAGACCAACCACAAUGCCCUCGUUGCCAAGCUCGCCAAUGACCGCAUCCAUCGCAGGAAACAAGCUGACCGAGGAGACUUCAUGGAUUACAUCAUGCGUUCGCGUGGCCAGGCUCAUGAGCUUACUGAUCAGGAACUCAUCAUUAACAGCGAUCUCCUCAUGGUCGCUGGAUCAGAAACUACGGCGACACUCCUCAGCGGUGCGACAUACUGGAUGCUGAGAACCCCCGAGGCACUCAAGAAGGCUACCGAAGAAGUCCGCAAUGCAUUCCAGUCUGAAGAUGCUAUGUCCUUCAACGAACUACGCUCCCGACUACCGUACAUGAUGGCUUGCCUUGAAGAGGGUCUACGCCUUUUCCCCCCCGUUCCUCUGUUGCUAGCUCGCGCCGUACCAUCUGGCCCGCCCAUGCAGGUCGCUGGUCUUUCUAUCCCCGAGAAGACUGUUGUCGGUGUUCACCAUAUGUCAGCCUACCACUCCGAAAUCAACUUCCAUCGGGCUAAGGAAUUCAUCCCGGAACGAUGGCUGCCAGAAUCUACCACGAACCCGGAAUCACCCUUCUACAAUGACCGUCGCGAUGUGCAUCGGCCAUUCAGCUUCGGGCCUCGCGACUGCAUUGGAAGAAACCUCGCUUACCAUGAGAUGCGUGUGAUUAUGGCCAGAGUCUUGUGGAAUUUCGAUCUGGCCUUAGAUCCCAAGUGCAAGGACUGGCAGAACCAGAGAAUCUUUAGUCUUUGGGAGAAGCCCCCCUUGGAUGUAGUGAUCACACCGCGGAAGAUUUAAGUGGAGUCCUGUUGAGAGUCUAGAUGAUUGGUAUUUGGGGACUUUGUGAGAUAUUAUAGAGGGGGCUAUAAAUUGUUUCUUAUGUUUGAACUUACCAGCGAAGAUGUCUUUUUUGUGUUGUAAAUACCCAUGAGAUCAAGGCAGCUAGAAACCAUAAUAGAUAUUAUCCACAUCUAGUUACCAUGUCAGAACAUAUCCGCGUUGGCCCUCCCCCCCCCUUUUUUUUUCUUACACUAGAG